UGUCCUCCCCGUCCUCUUGCCGGAGAUAUUGCUGUGAAAAGCGGAGCAACAGGGGUUAUGGAGAAGCCGGCGUAUUUGGAUGAGUACGAGAAGCUCGUCAUCAGGAUGAACACUCCUAAGGUCGUCAUCGACAAUGCUGUUUGCCCGAUCGCAACUCUCGUCAAGGUUGACAGCGCGUCGAGGAAGCACGGCGUUCUCCUCGAAGCCAUCCAUGUCCUAACCGACCUCAACCUCUCUGUCAAGAAGGCCUACAUCUCCUCCGAUGGCCGCUGGUUCAUGGACGUCUUCCACGUCACCGACCAGUUCGGCAACAAGCUCACCGAUGACAGCGUCAUCUCCUACCUCGAGCAGUCUUUGGACACGGGGAACCCGGAAAUCAACAUAAGCCACCGCUGCGAAGGGCUCACGGCCUUGGAGCUGACGGGGACGGACCGCCCGGGCCUCCUCUCCGAAGUCUUCGCCGUGCUUGCCGACCUUCAAUGCGACGUGGUGGAGGCCACGGUGUGGACGCACGACGGCCGCGUCGCGUGCAUCCUCUUCCUCAAGGACCAGCUCUCCGGCUCGCCCCUCGAUGAUGCGCAGAGGAUCCACCGCAUCGAGUCCCGCCUCCGCCACGUCCUCAAGGGCGACCAUGGCGUCCGCAGCGGCAAGACGGCUGUCACCUCCAUGGCCGUCGCCCACCCCGACAGUCGACUCCACCAGCUGAUGCUCGCCGACCGAGACUACGACCGCUGUCCAUCGGCUCCUGCCUCAUCAACCUUCGUCUCGGUCCAGAACUGGGACGAGCGUGGCUACUCCGUCGUCAACGUGCAGUGUCGCGACCGACCGAAGCUGCUGUUCGACAUCGUGUGGACGCUAACGGACAUGCAGUAUGUAGUGUUUCACGGCACCAUCGACACUGAUGGUGAUUCAGCUCAUCAGGAGUUCUACAUAAGGCAUAAGAAUGGUAGCCCCAUCGAUUCAGAAGCUGAGAGGCACCGAGUGAUCCAAUGCUUGCAAGCCGCCAUCGAAAGGAGAGCAUCAGAGGGCACGAGAUUGGAACUUUGCAUCGAGGACCGGCCGGGGCUCCUUUCCGAUGUAACCCGAACCUUCCGGGAGAACGGGCUUCUGGUGACGAGAGCAGAGGCGUCGACGAAAGGCGACAUGGCGUCGGAUGUCUUCUACGUGACGGACGCCGCCGGGCAAGCCGCGGAUCCCAAGGCGAUCGAGGCCGUCCGACUGAGGAUUGGUUUUGAUCACCUCAAGGUGAAGGAGGAGCAACGGCCGCGAUUCUGCCGCAAGGAGUCAACCGACAGGGAAGCAUCUCUGGGAGGUGUCGGCACUGGGUUGUUCUACCUGGGCAGUUUAGUUAGGAGAAACCUGUACAACUUGGGGUUGAUCAAGUCAUGUUCUUAGCUUCCUGGUCUGUAUGCACCACCAGUUGGUGGCUUCUCAACCUUAGGGUUUUGUACGUAACGGGAAGGGAAGUGAGAAAUCGAAGAUUCCAUGUAUAUUUUCAUGCUUUGGGGUCAAUUCCUUGCCGACCGUUGGUCAACCUUUCAACGCUCUCUACGCCUCCGACAACACGACAACAUAAAUCUUACGCGGCGUGCCCAAACGACAACAUGGCUGAACCAACACGGAAAAUCUCCAGGGUUACGUAAGCCCGUAAUGCGGACCUAGUUAGCGUGGGUCACACCGAGAUCUGGUGUGCCAAAGGCUACGCUACAUCCAGUCCCGAAAAUUUCUAUGGCUGAUUCAGUUGGAUUCCGUCCAGGCGAUGCCACCUAUGCAAUGCUGACAUCAUCCUAUCCUCUCAUCAAAUCAUAUUUCCUUGUUUUUCUAACAAAUAAUAACAUUUCAGUUCCCGGUUCGGUAUAUUUCGAUUUUUGUAACGCUAAUCAUUAAAAUAAUCGAGUUGUUAUAUCAUAUUUAUUAGUAUUAUGUCUUUCUUUUACAUUUCUCACCCGACUUUUGCAGUUCCAAUAAUAAUUUCUUCUCUCUCUCAUCCUCUCUUGCUUGCUUUCUUCCACUUCUUGAUUUUGUUGUCGUCUGAAAUCUUCACUCUCGUGUCUUCCUUUUGUUCCUCUUUUUGUUUUUAUUGUCGUCUGAAAUCGGCAGCAAUCCAUAUCGAUUAGAAGAGGCAUGAAAAAUUAGCGAAGAAUUUUCAACGAAAUCUCUGUUCCUUUUUCUUAUUUUAAUUUUUGCUGCAGUGGAGCUCGUGGUGGUGACCUCCGAUGGCGAGAGCUGGAAGGAACCCUAAAGAUCGGAACCCGGCGGGCGAAGGAGAGCUCCUUCCAGCCUCGUCUGCAGGUUCUUUCAGUGUUUCUUGAGGUUCAUCUACGCAUGGAGACCAGGGAAGGAGCGUUAACUUCUCCAGCCAUGGCGGCGGCCAACGCGUCAGGGAGAUACCAUCCUCCACCGCCGCCUCGCAAGGGAGGAGAAUCUUGCUGGCGAUACCGGUGGGUUACCUGCCGUGGGAGGCGGUUCCGCCGGCGAGAGUCGCGGUCGGGCCGGUCACGGAGCCGAUAAAGCAGAAGAGGGGGCGGCCGAGGAAGUAUGGGCCGGACGGGAACCUGCUGCGGCCGCUGAACCCGAUGCCGAUCUUGGCGUCCGUGCCGACAGGCGUCGAGUACACGUCGGCGGCCGCGGUUCGGCGAUGAAGCGGGGUAGAGGGCGGCCAACGGGUUCGGUGAGCAAGACACCACACUACCGGCUAGCGAUGGAGUCUUUAGGAGAGAUGGUGGUUUGCUCUGCUGGUGCCAAUUUCACACCUCAUGUCAUCAAUGUUUCUUCUGGAUGUUACCAUGAAGAUCAUAUCCUUUUUACAACAAGGACCUUGAGCUAUUUGUGUUUUAUCUGCUAAUGGCGUUAUCUUGAAUGUUCCACUACGUCAACCCGAUUCAAGUGGCGGAACAUUAACUUAUGAGGUCUGUGUAUCUCCUCACGUAGCAGGAUGUUCUUUGAUUUCUUUAGUCUGGUUAAUUGUUAAAUACUGUAGAGAUGAUCCAAAAGUUUUUCUUGCACAUAUUCCUGGUUGUGCUAUACUAAUAGAAUUUAGCUGUCA